AUGGGGGGGAUAAUGAGUGUAAAUAAACCCUCGCAAGAGGCAAGUGCUUCAUAUCGAGAGACUGCUGCUGCAGCUAGCCACCGACGAACCCCUGCUGCUUCUCCCGGUGCUGCAGCAACAGCAGGAGCAGCAAACAGCAGCAGCAGAAAUGCCACUGCAGCAAGAACUGCACAGACAGACAAAACUUCGUCAAAAACAGCAGGCCGAACAGGCUCUAGCGGGAGCUCUGCCUCUAAAGACAGAGAGGGCAGCAGCAGCAAGAACAGGAGCAGCAGCAGCAGCAGCAGCAGCAGCAAGAACAGGAACAGUAGCAGCAGCAGCAGCAAGAACAGGAGCAGCAGCAGCAGCAGCACUGCUCUGAGAAGCAGCAGCAACACAUCCUCGAAGAAGAGCAGCAGCACUAAAGCAGCAGCAGCAACAGCAGCACUACGCACAACCAGCAGGAGGCCCAGGGGUCGCCCCAGGGGUGGCUUUGGGAGUGUAUUGGAUGCUGUUCGCGGUGUAUCUGCAGCGGAGACAGAGAAAAAGCAGCAGCAGCAGCAGCGGCAGCAGCAGCAGAAGAAGCAAAAGAAACCAGAGCCGGAGGCACAGAAAGAUGUUAAAGAAGAACUGCAAAAACGCAUGCAUGAGAAGCAAAGAGAAGAAAGACACAAAAAAAGAAGUGCUUCUGCUGCUGCACAAGAAACAAUGAAAGCAAAGAUAUCCACUGUAAAGACAGAGCAGCAAAAGGGUGCUGCCAGCAGCACCAACAGCAGCCGCAGCAGCGACAGCAGCAGCACCAGCAGCAGCAGCAGCAAGGCACAAGCAGCAGCUGCCUCCAAGAAACGAAAGGAAUCCGGAGCAGCAAACUCUAGCGCGGAUAGCAGCAAGACCAAGACAGAGAAGCAGCAAGAGAAGAGGCAGCGCCGCUGCUGCUCUCGGCGUUAG